UGGAGACACAACACCAUACAAUCAGCCCCAGCGUUAGAGUUAUACUCUCCUCUCUGAGUUCUGACCUCGGCUCUCCUCCACGUCCCUGUUUUUACUGCUUUUCUGGGACGAAAGGGACGAAUUAACCUCCAGCUGACCUGGUUUAAGAGUCCGGCUCGAUUCAGGAGAUAAACCAACUCUUUUUUCAACAUAUUUAUUUAACUUGUUUUUCCUGCGUUUAAACCUGAACAAAGCCACAGCUGGAGCCUAAGAGAGCCCGGCCGAGGUCUGAGGAAUAAAGCAGGUGUUUUCGCCGCGGUGAAGAUGGCCGACGACUUCGGCUUCUCCAGCUUCUCCAACGGCGCCGAGGCUGAGGAGGACCCGGCCGCGGCCUUCCUGGCGCAGCAGCAGAGCGAGAUCGCCGGCAUCGAGAGCGAGGCGGACGGCCUGGGGCCGAGCGGAGAUGCGUUUGGAGAAGCACCUGCUGCAGCAGUAAACGGAGACAUGUUUGAGGACUCGAAUGGAGUAACAGACAGCUAUGCAGCCAUCGCCCAGGUCGACCAGCUGAGGCAGGAGCCUGAAAGCUUGCGCAAGUGGCGGGAGGAGCAGAAGACCAGGCUGGAGGAGCUAGAUUCAGCUUCUAAAGCAGCAGAAGUUGAGUGGAAGGAGAAAGCGAAGAAGGAACUAGUGGACUGGAAUCUGCACCAGCAAGAACAGAUGGAGAAGAACAAAGUGAACAACAGGAUUGCUGAUAAGGCUUUCUACAAACAGCCCAACUCUGAUGUGAUAGGCUUUGUAGCGUCUGAAGAUGCCUUCCUGAAGGAAUGUGAUGACGACAGCCCCGGCUCCGAGUGGGAGAAAGUGGCCCGGCUGUGCGACUUCAACCCCAAGACGAGCCGCCAGACUAAAGACGUGUCCCGAAUGCGCUCCGUCCUCAUUUCUCUCAAACAGACGCCUCUGGUCCGCUAAGACCUCGUACCUCCACUGCAUCUCGCCUUUCCUCCCUCUCCCUGUCGCACUUUACUUUAGUACAAUUAGACUCACUAACUGUUCUGGUUUUAUUUUAUUAGUCUCUCCUGAGGGGUAUGGUGUAUAUUUAAAGUUUUGGGCCUGUUACACCCCACUGUUUCUACUGUAUCCAAUCAAACGCAAGGCCUUCCCAAGUUUUUCCAAGUUUUUCCAAGUUUGCCUGUUUUUAUAAUAGAUAGAAUGAAUGAUGUGCCUCCAGUGUAGGAAGUAGAGGAAAAAGUGGUUUAACCACUGUAGAGCAUAGAGAGCCCUGUUUACAUUUGGUGAUCAGAUGGUGUAGCACUUCUCUAAUGGUUGUCCAAUGGUUGGAGUUGAGCGUCUUGAAUGGUUGGUGUACUGCUUCUCCAAUAGUUGUCCAAAUGGAUGGAGUUGCUCUUCUCUAAUGGUUGUCCAGUGGUAGGUGCAGAGAUGCUGCUUCAAAUGUUGGCCAUGGUUGACGUAGAGCUUCUCCAAUGGUUGGAGUAGCAUUUCUCUAAUAAAUGUCCAAUGUGGUUGGUGUAGAGAUUCUCCAGAGAUUGUUCUGUGGUUGGUGUAGAGCAGAGUUGCACUUCUCUAACGAUUGAUCAGUAUUUACUGUUGAGCUUCUCCAAUUGGUUGUCCAUUGGAAGAAGGAACACUUUACCAAUUGUUGUCCAUUGAUUGGAGUAACACUACUCCAGUGGUUGUUCAUUGAAUUGGAGAAACACUUCUCCAAUAGUUGUCCAUAGAUUGGAGUAACACUACUCCAAUAACUGUCCAAUUUUUUGACAAACGCUUCUCCAAUAAUUGUUGAUUAAUUGAUUGGAGAAAUGCUUCUCCAAUAGUUGUCCAUUGAUUGGAAAAACAUGUCGCCAAUAUUUGUCCUUUGAUUGAAAAAAAUGCUUCUCCAACUUCUCUAAUAUUCAUCUAUUGAUUGGAGAAACACUUCUCCAAUAUUUGUCCAUUGAUUUGAGUAAUGCUACUCCAGUAUUAGUCCAUUGAUUGGGGAAACACAUCUCCAAUAGUUUUCCAUUGAUUGGAGUAACACUACUCUAAUAGUUAUCCAAUGAAUCGAAGUAGAGCUUUUCCAAUUGUUUUUUAAUUGGCUGGAGUAAAACUUCUCCAAUAGUUGUCCAUUGGUUGGAGUAACACUACUCCAAAAGUUGUCCAUUGAUUGAAGAAAUGCUUAUCCAAUAUUUGUCCAUUGAUUUGAGUAACACAUCUUAAAUAUUUGUCUAUUAAUUGGAGUAACACUUCUCCAAUAGCUGUCCAUUGGCCGGAGGUGAGCUUCUUUAGUGGUUUUCCAGUGGUUGGAGUAGAGUUUCUCCAAUGGUUUUCCAGUGGUUGGAGUAGAGUUUCUACAAUGGUUUUCCAGUGGUUGGAGUAGAGUUUCUCCAAUGGUUUUCCAGUGGUUGGAGUAGAGUUUCUCCAAUGGUUUUCCAGUGGUUGGAGUAGAGUUUCUACAAUUGUUGUUGGGUGGUUGAUGUACUGUGAUGGAUAAAAACACCAUCUUCCCUGUGCCAGUCUAGGGUUCAAGUCACACUAUACAAAUAAAAGUCCUUGGACAGGACUACACUCUCCUACCUGUUUAACUUCAUUUUAAAAUUUGCUCUGGGUAAAGGCAUCAGCUGAAUGCUGAGAAUGUAAAUCGGAAUUAAAUAAACGGGCCAUUUUUAUUGGACAGUUCAAAUUUUUGCCGUUUCCUUUCGAUUUGAAAGCAGACACCUUUUUAACCCAACAUUUUACCCGUUCUCCUGUUUCCCUUCUUCAAUCAUCGUCGCUGGAUUGUAUGUUUAUAUGGAUAUCCAUUAUAUUCAGGAAUACAGUAUAAUUUCUGUUUUCUUAGCCAAUUUUAGCAAAGCAGCAUUUAACUCACAUAUAUUCAACAGUUUAACACAUUAUUUCCAAACAUUAUAAGCUUAUUCAUUGGUGGUCUUGUUUAUGCCAUUUUAACCUCCUGUGUAUUGAUUAGAGUUCUGUUUUUGAUUGAGCUGUAGCAGCUGAUUUGAUUGACUUGGCUUAGUUAGUAUCUCACACAUCACCUUCUUCUCACUUUGAAGAUGUGAUUAGUUUGGCAUGUGUUAGUGUUCCUGAUCUCACAGCUUUGAGGCCUUUUUACACGUUGAACAGAUUGAAUACUGUUACUUGCCUUUCAAUUGACAGAUUGUGGUUGACUGGCUGCCAAAGAGUCCAUCAGUAUGCCCAUGCCUGACUGCGCUACUAAAAAAAUAAUAAACAAAUAAAAAACAAAACAAAAAAAAAAAUCUUGGGACGAUUUUCCAGACAUGUUCUACUUUUGGCCUCGAAGCAUUAAUGAACACGGGCUUGAUGUAGGUCUGGACAGUCAUCUCGAGCUGUUUAUCACUCUCAGUAGACGGUAGUUGGUAGAUUUUUCCGAGCAUUGUAACGAAAGCCUUUCUGAAAUGUUCUGUUACUGAAUUCUGAUACUUUUAACUGCAUAUGAAGGUGUGCACGGCCUGGCCAGAAGUGCAGACCAUGCAAUACUGAAUUGUACAACUCAAUAAAAAUGAAAAUGUGUUUUCGAA